GUUUAAACUAGAAAUAUGAAGUUUAUAGUUUAUAAUAAAAAAUAAUACCUCGUUGUUUUGUUUAUAUUUUGCUUAUUUUACUACAUAGUUUAUUAAAUUACAGUCACUGAAAUAAAUAAUUAAUAUGAGUACAAGUAAAGGAAGUACUAAGAGAACUCGCCCUCAAAAAUACCAGAAUCGUACAUCAUUUAAAAACACCUUGCAUGAUAAAAGCGAUUUUCAAAAAAAGUUGAACAAUUUAAAUGUUUGUGAAGUUUGCAUCCAUUGCAAAGGUGUUAUAGAAUGGAAAAUAAAAUAUAAAAAAUAUAAGCCAUUAACGCAACCAAAAACAUGUAUAAAAUGCCGACAAAAAACGGUUAAAAAAGCUUAUCAUGUUAUGUGUAGGGAAUGUGCGCUAUCCUCAAACUGCUGUGCUAAAUGCUUGAAAAGUUCUCAAGAAGUUGACAUUGUUCCUGCUGAGCCAACUGAAGAAGAGCAACUAAAACUCAAAGCGGAAAUGGAUAAGUUAAUAAAAUCCUUACCAGAACGUAAACGUAGAUCAUUUUUAAGAUAUAUGGCGAAAGGAAAAAAAUGUGAAGAUGAACUAUUGAAAGAUGAAAAUUGUAAGAGUAGUGAAAUUAGUCCAAAUGAAAAAGAGGUUGAAAAUCGGAAGGAUAAUAAAAGAAUUCCACAUAGUCGUGAAGCAUUAUUAAAAAAAAUUGAAGAAUUAAAAUUUAACGAAGAUGAAAAUAGUGACGAUGAUGUUGAUAAUGAGGAUGAGGAUGAUGAUAGUUAUGAUCUUAGCGAUGAAGAUGAAGAAGAUUAAAUUUUUGUUUUAUUUAGACGUCAUCGUAAAAAAGAAUUAAAAUGGAUUUUUUUUAUUACAUAGUAUCUUUUAAAGGAAAGAACGCUGGCAAUUCGAUUAAGAUUUAUGAAUUGAAAUAGUCCACGUGAGUCCUUCUUUUUUUUCUGUAAAGAAUUUAGUUACAUCAUAUUUAAAAGGAAAAUAAAUUAUAGAAACAGCAUUUGAAAAUUUUGAUAAUGCUAAACAAAAACUAUGUAAAAGGUCAUAUUGCUAGCAGUCUAUUUCUAAAUAAAAAAUACUUUUUAAUAUUACAGUACACACACAGUUUA